CUCCUAUGCUUGCUUAAGUACCCAACAUGUUCCUAUUUUCCCGACAACCAAACAGAGUUGUGAAGUAAACACACUCUAGCAAAUCAAAAUCCAUUAGCUUGCUUUCCUUGAAUUCGAUUUCAUUAUCAAAUCCCACAGGCAAAAGAUGUCGCUGAUCCAAGCAUCUUAACCGACGAGGCACCAUAUUCGAUUCCUUCUCUCUAGACUUCCCUUUCCCUCAACUUUCUCGGGAAAAUUCGGCAUUCGCGAGCACUCGCGUGGACUGAAAGGAAACACCAGAAGCUCAAUGUUCAAGGCCGAUCUUCCUGGUCUGAAGGAGGAGGAAGUGAAGGUCGAGAUCGAGGAGGACGAUAGGGUUUUGCAGAUCAGCAGUGAGAGGGAUUUCGAGGAGGAGAAGAACGAUUCUUGGCACCGCGUCCAGCGCAGCUCUGGCAGGUUCACGAGGCGGUUCCGGCUGCCGGAAAAUACGAAAAUGUAUGAGGUCAAGGCAUCAAUGGAGAACGGAAUACUUACCGUUACAGUUCCCAAGGAGUCAUCAUGCUGAGAACAAAAAGAGCGAGACCUGAACGUGGCGAAACCUCUAACCCUGUACAACGUCAACUAUAGCAACAACAUCAUCGCUAUCCAAUUAUUGAUUUUCUCACAUAUAAUCACGAACAAACUUAUUCAAAUUUUGCUAAUCGACCAAUUGUUAUGGGGAGAAAGGUAAAUCUACCUACUCAAUAUGAUUCACUGUUGGUUGGCAGACUGGAUACGAUGGGAUGGUUACCUUUAACUAAUUUAUCACAUAAGGUAUAUCUCCGUCUUGUAUAUUUAUUUUACCUUCACUUGAGAUCUACUAAGGGACAAGUGGAACAGUGUAGUCUGACGUCUUAUGUGAAGGGGGAAGUAAUCACACUCAAUCCUCGUACUUUCGCACAAAUUAUUGAAGUUGAAACAAGAGAUUUGCAAUGCCAUUUUCAAACUGAGGCUCAGUUAGCUAACAUUGUUGGUGAUCUAACUGAGAUUUAUACCACAAUUUGUGAGAAACAAUUUAUCGGCACUAAUUUA